GUCGCAGCAAUAAAUAGUGUCACCUCAGGCUGUCAGAGAGGAGACACACAGAGGAGAUACUCUUACUCACACAGAAAGCUUCGAUAUAACAUAACACACAAUGUCAGAGAGUGAAGGACCUCAACGCAUCUUCAGACCUCCAGCAGUAACAUUAGUAUGCACCCAGGUUAUCAUGGGUAUCAUGCCCCUUGCUCAGCUGGUAGUAGGAGCGGUUUACCAAAACGACUGCCCAAAGCAGCCCUACAUCCCCAUCUAUCUGAUGGUUAUGGGAGUCGUCUCCCUGGUGCUGACUGUGCUCUCCCUCCUGCCCUGCUGUGCCCGCUUCGAGAUUCAAAGCAUGGCCUGGAGCUGCCUGGUCGCUCUCUUCUUCUUCUGCUGGUUCACCGCCGGAAAUGUGUGGAUUUACUCCAUCUAUGAACCCAGCUACAACCAGACAGCAUCCAGCAUGGACACCUACUGCAACAAGACCCUCUACCUGUUUGCUUUCUGGACCACCAACCUGUUCUACAUCCUGCUAGGUUUCAUGAUUCUCAUGAGCUGCUGCACAUGCUUUCUUGUGGGGUGAUGAUUUAAAGCCACGGAACAACACACAUGGAGUUGUUGGUGGAUGUAAUGACAGUAAAUGUGCUAAAAUUCAUUUGUGUUUUCAUGUGCGCUUGAUGUUCAUUUUGCCAUUUUAGUUUUGAACUCUGGAAAAGGAGAUCACCUUAAGCACCAGUGUUUAUUUU